UUGGGCUCGGACCUUAAAGCCCAAUAAUGUUAAAGACGCGUCAUCGUCGUUGCUUCUCCGCUCUCUCUCUUCAGAGGUGGACGAGGUUUAAGGUGUUGUAGCAGCUCUGCCAAAAGUCUCUGGUCUUAUAUAAAACCAAACCAGCGAUUCGCCGACUCUUACUCUUUGUUAUUACAAAACAUAAAGGCAAAAAGCUUCAACUUUUGUAAUAAAUCUCUCUUUCUUCUGUUCCAAGUUUUUUUUCCGGCGCUUCGAUGGCGAAAGACGGACCCAAUUGGGAUGGGCUACUUAAAUGGAGUCUCUCUCACGCCGACGGUACGCAACCAACUCGCCAGUUGAGUGAGGAGGAAAGGAAGUGGUUUAUGGAGGCUAUGCAGUCACAGACUGUAGAUGUAGUCAAACGCAUGAAGGAGAUUACACUCGUUAUGCAAACACCUCAACAUGUUUUGGUUGAUCAUGGAGUCACAUCUCAAGAUAUCGAAGAUUUGUUGGAUGAGUUGCAGGAGCACGUUGAAUCAAUCGAUAUGGCUAAUGAUCUUCAUGCUAUUGGAGGCUUGGUUCCUCUUCUCGGGUUUCUUAAAAACUCUCAUGCUAAUAUUCGAGCAAAAGCUGCUGAUGUCGUGAGGACGUUAGUUCAGAACAAUCCUCCAAGUCAGGAGUUAGUUAUGGAAGCCAAUGGUUUGGAGUCGCUGCUAUCAAACUUCACAUCCGACGCAGAUGUUCAUGUUCAAACUCAAGCUCUGGGGGCAAUAUCAUCUUUGAUUCGCCAUAACAAAGCUGGAGUCUCUGCUUUCAAGCUUGCUGAUGGUUAUACUGGCUUAAGAGAUGCUUUGGCGUCUGAUAGUGUGAGGUUUCAAAGGAAAGCACUAAACUUGUUGCAAUAUCUUUUACAAGAAGAUGUUUCGGACCAAAGUAUUGUCACUGAACUCGGAUUUUCCAGAGUGUUGAUUCGUCUCGGGUCUAGGGACGAUGCUGAGACGAGAGAAGCUGCUCUUGGCGUAUUGCUGGAGCUUGCAAGAGGGAAAAACGAUGGAAGCGGAUGUAGCAGCGUAGAACUGAGGCAGCUUCUUGAAGAGAGGAUAGAAGGAAUCAGCUUGAUGUCACAAGAGGAUCUUGAAACUGUUAAAGAAGAGAGACAGCUCGUGGAUGCACUGUGGAGGGUUUGCUACGAUGAACCUUCUUCUUUGGGAGAGAAAGGGCUUCUUGUUCUUCCCGGUGAAGACGCUUUGCCUCCUGAUGUGGCAAGCAAGCUCUUGGAGCCUCUUCUUAGAGCUUCUGCAGCAAAUGGUAAUGCCACUGAGAAGAAAGAAGAACCUGUGAAACUACUUUGACCAUGCACCAUAGGGAGAGAACUUGAAGCUUAACUUUAUGCUUUUGUUUGUCUUGUAACAUUUUAAUUUUUCAGACAAAAAGACUGAUAGAUUUCAAUAUGAAGAAUCUAGUUUUUAUGUAAUGGCAGUUUCUGUUUUUUUUUUCUAAUGAUUUGAGAUCUUUGUUACUAUUUUUUUUUUGAGAUCAUUAAUU